UGAAAAUAUACUGAAACAGAAAUGAGAGGACGUAAAAGAGGUAAAUUAGGUACGGCGUGGGUAUAUGUUUGUCUGCAGAGGGGAGUCAAAGAUCACAGCUGCCUAAAUAUAUAUAAUAUUACCAACUGCGUACACACAUUAUUACUCUGUUGUUACACCAUCACAAGGUAUAUCAUCCCAGGGGAAAAACGUCAACAGAAACAUGCACCAUCAUCCGAGUAAAAACGAGAAGGCAGACUGAUACGAAAAAAAAAUGCAUUACUUAAGUUUGGCAAAGUGUGUACGGCAAACGGAACGCCCUGAGCGCACGGAAGCGCGCGGUUCGCCUUUGAACCGCGAAAGUGUGUCACUGGGUUAAAGUGGCUCGAGCGCAGGGCCAAGGGGCGGGGCCCACAACUGGGUCACAUGGUCACCGCGCGCAGAACAUUCAGUCCAGGGCAGGCGGGGAGAGAGAGAGAGAGAGAGAGAGAGAGAGGGGGCGGUAGUUCGGACCCGACACGCGUCUCGCCGUUGCUCCUCUCGGUGGGAACGUGACAGUGUCGCCGCAGCGCGCGGAAUGACUCUCGGUUCUGCGCGUCAGCCGCAAUAUUGUCUCGAGAGCGCGCGAGCCUUCGGCGCCGCUUCCAGCCUUUGCUGCCUGGCUGUCCUUAAGACACAUGAUUAUAAUUCGUGAUUGUGUAUUGUGACAUUCCCGGGGUUUGUAGACUUUGCAGAUUAAUAUUUAAUUUGGUGAGCGCCGCUUCCUUGCGGACUUGGUUUACUUCGCUCGGGAAGGACUGAAGCCAGCAGUGCCAGUGAGUGGGUGGCUGCAGCCUCGAGAAUCGCACCAUCAUUCCCGUCGAAGACGGGACACCUCGCUCGCUCGUCACAUCCCGGCGACUGCUUUUCAACUUGGAAUCUCGGCAGUUCUAAAGUCGGGAGACAUUAUGGAAUCGACAAAUGCUGGGGGCGUGAUAGCCUACAUCCACUCCUCCAGGUCCACAUCGAGCCCCGAGUCUUGUCAGAGCGACAGCUCUGACAGCAGCCAGCAGUCGUCAUCGGUGCCCCCCCUUUCCCCAAAACAGGGGCGCGAAUCACUCGGAAGCAUCCCCCUCGCCACGUCCCAGCACGCCCACAGCUCUGACAGGACCUCGCGCUCCGGCACGGGUGCCAGGUGUGGCGUUACAAAGGUCAGCGGCCUGGUGCUGUUGUGUAAGGUGUGCGGUGACGUGGCAUCGGGUUUCCACUACGGGGUCCACGCCUGCGAGGGCUGCAAGGGCUUUUUCAGGCGAAGCAUCCAGCAAAAUAUCCAGUACAAGAGGUGUCUGAGGAACGAGAACUGCCCCAUUAUGCGAAUAAACAGGAACCGCUGCCAGCAGUGCAGAUUCAAGAAGUGUUUGUUGGUUGGAAUGUCCAGGGAUGCGGUUCGGUUCGGUCGCAUCCCGAAGCGGGAGAAACAGCGGAUGCUUCUAGAGAUGCAGAGUGCCAUGAACAACAUGAUGAAGAGCAGUUCACUGCCCAACCAGCUCCAUGGCAAUCAGAGCCCUCCGUGCCCUGCUGAGCAAGCCCCCAGUGAUAUGAGGCGUUCCCCUUCAUCGUGCACCCCCGCCUCCUACCCGCAGAGUCCUCGAGAGACCCUUUGCGACAGCGAGCCCCAGGUAGCCAUGUCUACCUGCUCCUCCUCCUCCUCCUCAGACAGUGGGGAAGACGAGGUCAUUGGAACAGUGACCAAGGUUCACCGGGAGAACUUCAUGUACAACCAGGAGCACCUCAGCACCCCUUUUGAGACCCCCUGCUCGCCAGGAAUCCCCAAGAGCACGAACGGCAUCGGCGUGGAGGGACCGCAGGAGACUUGGAACCGCUGGAACAACCGUGCCAAAACGUCAGGGUACCGCCUGGCCAACGGCGUAGACGGGCAAGGCACCAACAAGGCCUACAGGGACAGCUUGCGCGGCCAUUGUCCCGUCCAGCGGUUGAAAAGCAGCCCCGCCGGCCGCUGUCCGGCCUAUUCGCACGGCCUGCUCUGCAAAGGCCGCUACGUUCACAAGUCUGCAACUGACGAUGGCUUCAGCGGGUCAUUGUGUAGCGGAGGCAACAGGAUGCACCUGGUGUGUCCCAUGAACACGUCCCCUUUCGUCGACCCGGGCAAAUCCAGCCACGAGAUCUGGGAGGAGUUCUCCAUGAGCUUCACUCCGGCUGUGCGUGAGGUGGUGGAGUUCGCCAAGCGCAUACCGGGAUUUCAGGACCUCUCGCAGCAGGACCAGGUCUGCCUGCUGAAAGCGGGCACUUUUGAGGUGCUCAUGGUGCGCUUUGCGUCUCUGUUCGACUCGAAAGAGCGGACGGUGACCUUCGUGAGCGGAAAGAAGUACGGCGUGGACGCUCUGCGCUCGAUGGGUGCCGGGGACCUGCUCAACUCUAUGAUGGAGUUCAGCGAGAAGCUCGCAGCCCUGCAGCUGAGCGAGGAGGAGAUGAGUCUCUUCACUGCCGUGGUUCUCGUUUCGGCUGAUCGCUCGGGGAUCGAGAACGUGAACUCGGUGGAAGCGCUGCAGGAGACGCUGAUCCGCGCCCUCAGGAGCCUGAUCGUGAAGAGCCAUCCCAACGAGGCGGCCGUCUUCACCAAGCUGCUCCUCAAGCUCCCGGACCUGCGCUCCCUCAACAACACGCACUCCGAGCAGCUGCUGUCCUUCAAAGUGCACGCCUGAUCGGCCGCUCCUCCCGCCUCCUCUCGGGCGCUCCCGGGACCUCCUCUCCCCUCCGUCGGACCGGCCCGGUCGCACGGCAUCGCACGUUCUCCUUUAUGUGCGUCGUCCAUUUACGCUUUCCUGCACGCGCUGGACUGGGGACCGGGGACUGGGGGGGGUUGAAACUGAGUAGAGCUAUAAGCCUGUUGUGGACCUGUGGUUUUGUAACCGCUCGCACACACGCACAUGCACUGAAGACCUGCAAGUCUGCACACUUCAGGGGCACCUUGUUGUUUUGACAGGAAACAAGUACCUGAGUGCAAUAUAAACUAUGUAUUUUUAUCUUUGUUUUUUUCCUUCACGGAUGUAUAUCUUUCCAAAGCGUACUGUACUAAAGCAGCAUGAAUGUAGACUCAGGCUAAAGAAAAUUUAGCAAGAUCUUGAACGUAUAGGCAGUGCCUGGGGGCGGGGGGAGAAAGCGAGUCUGCUCCGUUCGGGAGGAAGAGGCUUCGGGCUGUUGACCCCUCCGUAAACGUAACGGAUGGUCGCCGCUGACGUGUAGCCACACUAACUGCCCUUCUGCCACAGAAAGAGCUUAUUUGCCCUUUAAUUAAUGUUACUGGUGCGGCGUGUUAGUGUAAUGAUUUUUAACGUUCAACUUUUCCGUCUCGUUGCUGGAAAUAGAGAACCUUUACGCCGUCCCCGCGAGAGGGUUCGGAUUUACCGCAGGCGUGCGUCGGCGUUGCUGUCGUGGGCAGCCUUUAGAAAAGGAGAGGUACGAACGUACAAGCCUGCGGAGUAUUCUCCACAAAUAACCUAUUUGGAGAAGAAUAUAUGUCCUCCUGAGAUCUAGCGGGGAGAAAAAAAAAAAAAAAAAAGCGUUGGAUUUAUUUCUAGUGCUUCGGAAGCUGUCCAGGCGCCGCUCCUGAACGUGCGGCGUCUUUUAAAAGCGGAGAUCGUCUCAACGCUCGAAAACAUGCGUCCUCUGGAGCGGGAAACGACGGGGGACGGUCGCGCCCGCCGUUAUUGCCGGAAUGCUCCGACGGGGCCCGAGUACAUUUGUUGCGGCUGGGAGCGGAGCGGACGUGUCGGUGCUAUUCUUUGGUGACCCUGGCAACGCUCGGCCCCCUCAGCGCUGCCGGUUCGGUGCUCGUUAAAGAUUGUAUUGUUAAGGGGCGGGACUUGGACGUCGUCCUUGCGUUGUGCCUACAUCUAGGCGAGCGUACGAAAUGUAGUGCGUCUCGGACGCGGGGGAGAGGGUUCGAGAGGCGAGGCCGCCACGCGCUUGCUUCCAAGUGGAUGCCGGCACAGGUUGGCGUACCGUGGCAUUCGUUUCUACAGUACCGAGCCCUCGAGCAUUCCGUGCGGCUGCGAAAAGGAUAAAGAAGCAACGCGUCUGUAAACCUGAAGCGAUAACAUUUUAGCUCCGACAAUAACGGUUGUACGUCGAGAACUACGAUCUUUCGUCCUCCGAUUCGCCUCGAUCUGCGAAGUGAAGCCGCAGGACUCUUUGGCCUGGUUCUCGUUGCCGUCCAUAUGCACUUUCUCCUGUCGUGUAGUGUUCGCUCGCUCCUUGUCCUCUCUUUCCUUCCACGGAACAGUGGCAUAUAUAUACAGAUGGUUUUUAUAAAAUAUAUCUCUGGUUCUUUUUCUCUAUCUGUAAUACAUAUAUAUAUGAAUUUAUCUAUUAAUAAA